CAGACAAUAUGUUAAACCACGCCUCCUUGAGGGCGGGCCUCCGUACAGUCAAAUACUCUGCGAGGGUUCUUAACUCCAGGCUUCAUCCUAGAGUAUCAAGUUGUGUAAUCCGUGAACAGAGUGCAGCAGUGGCUGGUCAGGAGAAACCUGAACAUUUCAUGAUCAGUUUAGACAACAAGCAGACUCCAGCUCAUAUCAGAGCAGCCUGGCCUAAACCAGACUUCAAUAUCAGAGCCUUGAAGGAUCUAUUGGAUCAUGACAAUAUUGAGAUGAGAGAUAAAUUCAGGGAGUUUCUGAAAUCCGAUCUAUUCAAACCCAGAUACAACCUUAGCUUGGACGAGGAGAGAGAUCUAGCGUUGAAAAGGCUCCAGGCGAUCUGUGACAAUGGUUUCAUCUCCGUCCUUGACUUCAAGAAUAAUCCGUUGAGAAUAUUUGCUGCUCACGAGUUGGCUGUGAUAGAUCCCGCCAUGGGAACCAAGAUGACUGUUCAGUUCAACCUGUUCGGAGGAACCGUUCUGAAACUAGGAACAGAUAGACAUCAUUACCUUCUCCCUGGUAUAGAUUCACUAAAGGAUGUUGGAUGCUUCGGGUUGACUGAGCUAGGUUACGGGAACAAUGCUGUGGAGAUGGAGACAACUGCUAUUUAUGACAAGGAGACAGAUGAGAUUAUUGUGAAUUCUCCUACUCCCCUUGCACAGAAAUACUGGAUCACCAACGGAGCUUGUCACGCCAAACACAUAGUUGUUUUCGCCCAGCUUAUUGUUAACGGAAAGAACGAAGGCAUUCACGGAGUUCUAGUUCGUUGUAGAGGAGACAACCUUGAACCUGUUCCCGGAGUACUGGUUGAGGAUAUGGGAUUUAAGAUGGGACUGAACGGAGUUGACAAUGCUAAGCUUACCUUUAACAAUGUCCGGAUACCAAGAGUCAAUCUGCUAAACAAGUACAGUGAUAUCACACCAGAGGGAGAAUUUGUAACCAAGAUAAAGAAAGGAGGUCGGGCCAGGUUUUUGGCAAUGGCAGAUCAGCUGUUAUCUGGAAGGAUCUGUAUUGCCAGCGGGUGUAUUAUUGCCAGCAAGGUGUGUCUAUCUAUUGCCGUGAGGUACGCGGCUACAAGACUAACUGUCGGACCAACUGGUAAAUCUGAUACUCCUAUUCUCUGCUACCAGCUGCAGCAGAGAGCACUCAUGCCCCUCCUCGCAACCACCAUAGCUCUAACCUUCGGACUCACAAAGGUCAAGAACGUGUGGGCGUAUCAGCCAGAGGAUGGAAGUGAGCACUUAAACGCUCUGAAGAUGUGCUGUGCCAUUAAACCCAUGUCUAGCUGGCAUCUUGGAACUGUUGUAACCACGUCUAGGGAAAGGUGUGGGGGACAAGGAUACCUCUCAGCCAGCAGGAUUGGAACAUACUUUGGUUCAGCUCAUGCCGGUCAAACGGCCGAGGGAGAUAACAGUGUUCUCAUGCAGAAGGUUGCAAAGGAACAUCUAGGUUUGUUCAAACCUCACACGGACGCUACUCCUGCUAACUUGGAUAUUAGUAACGUCGCACAUCUUGAAUAUCUUCUCAAAGCCAGGGAAAAUCUUCUCUAUACCAACUUGAAGAAGAAGAUGGCCAGUGCUUUAAUAUACACUAAGGUUGGCAAGAAGAUGCCGGGUAUGUUGAAACCUUUCGGAGAUAAACUCCAGGAGAAGGGAAUCUUCAAUACUUGGAUGCUUCAGGAGCAAGAUCUAAUCCAGUCCUUUGCCAGGUCAUAUGCUGAUAGAAUCAUCUGUGAAGCAUUCAGGGAGACCAUAGCUGGAAAGUACGGAGUAGUUGAUCCGUCCUUGAAUAGUGUUCUGGACGAAGUCUUUUUACUCCACCUGCUCUCUACCAUAGAACAGGAUCUUCCUACCUUCAUGGAGAACGACCUGCUUAAUCCCGGACUCGCCAAUCAGGUCAUUGAUCUAAACAGGAAAAUUUGCGCGGAUCUUGCUCCGAAAUCUCUUGCACUCGUUGAAUCAUUCGGACUUCCAGAGGAGAUGCUUCAGUCUCCUAUUGCGUCCGACUGGGUUGCGUACAAUGCGUAUGAUAACCAAGGAGAACUGCAGACAAGAGCAGAGUUUGAGAAGGUUCUCAGAGAUAACUAAACCCUUUGUAAUUCAUCUAGUUUAUGUUACAAACCAUAUAUUUAUUUUAUCAACCCUAAAAUUUUAGCUGCAUGUAUACUUAUUACAUUUAAACAAACACAAAUUAUGAAUAUAAUAUAUGAUAGAGAUGA